AUGGUUAACACGCGCAGCCGCCACGGGCGCUCACCAAGCUUGGACGAUCUCGAAUACGAACCAAGCGCUGAAAGCAACACCGAGCAGCAAACGCGUGAGUACGAACUCCCCGGAAGAACUCCGGGGGUGGACGACAACAACGACGAAACCGACACGGACGAUGCCGACAACAUCGGCAAGGGCCGUACAGUGGUCUUCGAGACCGCCGCUGAAACCAGCGGUGAAGACGAACGCCGCGAGGUCGAACCCGUCGUCUCAUACCCAACCUCGGGCUACAUUAACGGAACGAUCAAGCCUUCCUCCAAGAAAUUCAACCGAGAAUUCGACAAUUGCCUGGUAUCUGGUAUCCAGCAGACUUUCGCCUUGGAUGGGGAGCACAACGUGAACUGGGUACUGCUUGAACUAAGCACUAAACACCGCGGCUCGUAUCGACUCCUCCAGAAGAUCGAAGAAAAGCUCUCAAGCCCCCGCGAACGCGCCAUGCGCAAAGUGGCACUCAUCGGACAGGUCAACAAUGUCAAGAUGUACCACAAUGACGUCCGCAAGCUUUGCAUAGAGCUACGCUCCAUCCGUUCAGAAAGCGUCAUCAUUGGCAAACCCGCAAGUGAUGAAUCACUGUACGGGGCGCUGCAACGAGAAUGCUUCAAGCACCCACUUUACAAGGAAGUCUGCGCCUCCGACCAAUCGCUCACAUUCGAGAACCUCGCAGACUUGCUCUGCAUCCAUCAGACCAAAUACGAGUCAUUGGGCACCGCCAUCCAGCCUGGAAAUGCCCAGGCCAGGGUCGCCGAGGUCGACGAAACCCCGGCACAGGCUCACAACGCUGAGGCCAAGCCCGCAAGCAGAGCCCAGAGGAAGAGACAACAGACCUGCCCACGAUGCGAGCAACGCGGUCAUUCGCGACAACAGUGCGCCAGCCACCAUAUGGUUAACAAUAAACAGAUCCUGGGUCAACCCAAGGGAAUGUCGCAAACGCGUGUUCACAGCGGGGAGCCAGGUCUUGAAGGCUCCACUUAUUGGGGACGCACAGGUUCAGACGGAGGUGGGUGGUAUCUACCUGACCGAUGUCCUGCUACUGACGAAGGUGCACGAGUGACACUAGACCGCGAAGGAGGCCAGAUCUAUUUGGCCGAUGGCAUACCACUGAGGAUAGUCAAGAACCGCAAACGCCGGCUGUUCGAAUUCAAAGGGGAAACCUGGAAAGAACAUGCCCUGGUAGCGUCCCCGGACCUCUUCAUGGGAGUCGAGGAAAAUUUUGCAAGCGCAGAAAGAAAACCAAAGCUCACAGCAACGGAGCGGUGGCAUGAACGACUCGGCCACCCGGGUCGCGACAAGACGAGGAAACUCCUGCAGCUCCUCAAGAACGAACGAGACAUCAAGUUAGAUGCCGAGACCCCGACUAACUGCGCCGGGUGCAUCCAGGCAAAGUCCACGAAGGCACGCCAUGGCGCCGGCAGCGGGGAACGCGCCGAUGCCCCCUUGGAUCUUGUCCACAUCGACUUGAUUAUCGAUUCUUCUCGGGAAACCGAGUUCACUUGCACGUUGGUCGCCGUGGAUGACUACAGCAAGUAUGUGUACGUCCAGCCGUUAGUUAGUAAGGCGGACGCGUUCCUCGAGCUACAGCGCAUGGUCUCCUUCCUGGAACUCCAGACAGGCAGACAACUCAAGGCACUCAGGUCCGAUCAGGGCUCUGAAUGGACAAAAGCUGAGGCCCGCAUCUGGGCCAGGGACAAGGGCAUUCUCUGGCAAAUGACGGUUAGCUACGACUCAAAGCAAAACGGCCGCGUCGAGCGGAUGAAUCGUUCACUCCAGGAGAAGAUGCGAGCCCUCCUCAUCCAGAGAAAACUCCCGGCUCGAUUCUGGCCAUAUGCCUUUCGGACCGCGGCGUUCCUGAUCAACCUUACUCCAAACGUCGAUGACAAAAUCCCUUACGCGCAGAUCUUCAGCAAGACGCCUACUCGUUUCAUCAGGUUACUUCGCGUUUUUGGCUGCCUCGCCUGGGUAAACAUCCCCAAGGCAAAGAGGAAUCGCCAAAAGAUUGACGAGCGCUCCGUACCUGCGAUUUUCAUCGGGUACAGUUUGGAACGCAAGGGUUGGCUAUUCUAUAGCCCGAACUAUUCCCCAAACAUCUUUUGGAGCAACUCGGCCAAAUUCAUGGAAGUCCAAUCUUGGGCCGAACGCACAGCAUGGCGACCGAUCGAUAUAAGUCCACCCCACGCGCCCACCCACGAGGAAGACGUGCCCGACUUUGGAUACACCGAAAUCGACCAAUUCGAUGAGACGGCCAACGCGCCUAUCGACGACUUUGUUGAUAUCGAUGCCAUCCCUGACGAUGCGGACGGCAUGUUGCCCCCACCGGAGACGACUCAGGAGGCAGCGCCGGUAUCUUCCGAUGGCGCCCAGGCGUCGCGGGAAGUAACGCCGGUGUCCUCCGUUGGCGCCACUGACGGCACCGACACUCGCGACGUCCUGCAGCCUGCCGGACCGUCGGUCGAUCUCCCGUUCCGAGACAACGAAGCCAUUCUCAGCGAAAAGUACGCAGCUAUUCAGAAUUCGAAAAAUGAAUGGGGCCACAUGAUCAACUUCUUCGCACCUCAGUUAACGGAGUCCAUUCAGGAUGGUUUUCCUGAGCGUCCAACUGACGCCCAACCGGACGACGCAGACCCUGAGACCUGGCCUCGCCACCUUCGCCGCGCGCCGCUUUCAGUCAACCUCCGCACGGGCCAUGCUCUGACAAUCACCACUUCGCCAGCUGUCAAUCUAUCCCCCACGCUAAACCAAGCGAAGAGAGGCGAAGACUGGCCCCUCUGGCAAGAAGCCAUGCGCAGCGAAAUUGGCGGCCUCGAGGCAAAUGACACUUGGAUUGUUGCUGACCUUCCCCCAGGGCAAAACCUUGUCGACUCAAAAUGGGUCCUCAAGAUCAAGACCGACGCAUACCGGGUACCGACUCGCUACAAAGCACGACUCGUCGCCCGCGGCUUCACCCAACGCGAAGGC